AUGCCUGGUACUUUCGGCCUCGAAUCUCCACCUCCACCUAUGGCCGGUGCAAAAUCAAAUAUUUAUCUUCCUCCAUCAACACCAUCCGCAUCGGCGACUUCUUCUCUAUAUCUAUUGGAUACGCGAUCUACGGCGAGUACGGAUAUGUUGAGUGGAGGAGGAGGUACGAUGGUGGGAAGAAAGAGAAUGAGGGAUAUUUUACCGUAUGAAUAUGGUUAUGAACGAGGAAAUCAUCAAUUUGAUGAUGGGGAUUCAAAUUUGGUCGCGCCGGGAAGUCCGAUGCCGUUUGUUAAUACGAAAUAUCGAUUGGCCGGAGGAUUGGAUACGCCACAAGCCGAUUUGCAAAAUAGGGAAUUGGGGAGAGAAAGUGAUUAUGGAGAUAUUAAAUAUCGACGCGAGUUGAGUGAUGUGAAGGAAACUCUUGAGAUGGAUGGAGAGGGUCAAUUAUAUCGGGAUGAAAAUGGUAGGGCGAGGAUUAGAGGAGUACCGAAGGGUAAUGAGGGAGGUGGAUGGAUUAAACCUAUGGUGGAUGUUGUGGGUGGUGUGGUAGGAAAGGUUUGGGAUUUUUGUAAAAUGGGUGCAUUUAGGGGAUUCCAAGCUGGUGGUGGAACGGGAUAUGUUUUUGGAUCUGCGACCCCGAUUGAACCGGUAUUCAUGGACGAGACGAAAGACAAGAUGUGGGAAGAUGAGAAAUCUCCAGGUACGCCUGUACCGGGUGGAUUUUCCAUGGGUGGGAUGGUUGAGAAUUAUAUGGAUCGAAAUUAUGUGGCGCCACAGGAAGAGACUACACCACCGAGACCGGCAAAGAGACGACAAACGAGUUUUACUACUCAGUCGACUCCAGAUGAAAUGUCGAGGAAUUGGGUCGUUGUUCCUCCACCUCAGCUACCACAACCAGAUUAUCCUUCCAUGCAACAAUAUCCAAUCAUGCCUCCUGUACCAGUAGAUGCAUUCGUAAUCCCAGCAUCUCAAGCUCCACGAUCCAGAUUAUCACAGCAGAGAAGCGGAAUUGCUAGAUAUAGUAUGCCUGCAGCUACGACUUCUAGUCGAAGACAUUUAGUUUCUCCUCAAAUCACCUCUAGUAAUAUGGGUGCAGCUCGAAGACCCAAUUAUCAAAACAAUUCUCGCAUCCCCAAUACCGCCUCUCCUACCCCUACUAUCGCAAACGGCUACAGCGGAUCCAAUUCCUCCACUCCAUCUCGCCCAAGCCCCUCGCCUAUGUCUUACACAUCGUCUCCCAGCGGCUCCCGCAUUCCUCGCUGGACACCCAAUAGUCCUAAGAUUGGACCGGCCGUAGUAACUAAUGAAAGUCCGGCGGCGAGAGAGGCGAAGGCCUGGAAGGUUAAACAAUUGAAAGAGGAGAGGGAACAGGAUGAGAUGAUGAGGAAGUUUGAUAGGCAGUUGAAGGAUUUGAUUCGGCAGGGGACGAGGGCGUUGGGGGCUUCGGUUGCGGAUAUGGAUUUAGAUGGGGAUGGGGAUGGGGAUGUGGAUGUGUUGAAGGGGGGCUAUUAG